AAAAUUAAGAAAUUAAAAAAAAAAUUCGGAUAAAAUCCAAGGUUUAAUGGAAUUUUUUUCCACCCGUUUCAUCCAGUAUAGAAAAGAAAAAAGGAUAUGUAUACGAAACAAAUCGAUCAACAUUUAUUAUCAAUAACAAUAUUUUUUCUGUUAGCAACAAUUACAUUUCAAAUAGGUUACAUAUUUAUACAAAUAAUUUUUUUUAUCGAAGUUAUUGUCCUAAAAUUCUAUGAUAAAAAUAAUAGUGGUAAAGAUAAUCGUUCCGUUUGUCUACAUAAUCAACAAUGUUCAUUAAUUGAACGUAAACUUUGGAUUAUUUGUCGUUUAUCGGAUGGUACUAAUCAAAUGAAAAGGAAAUUGAUCAAAAUUAGCAGCUUAUUUUUUGACAUAGUUUUCGAGUCAUUCAGACUUUUUCUUCAAUUUAUGGCAUUACAAUGCAUUACAUUGCAAUGGAAAAUUACUAGUCUAUUAAUUUAUUUGAUAAUUUAUGGAUUUUUUCAUUUAUCAUCGUUAAUUAAUCAAGAUAAUUUGUACAAAUUUCAAAAACAUGUUAUCAAUUCAAUUAAACAAUAUGAACGAUUGACAUUAUACGAAGAUCAUUCGUGGCAAUCAAAAUUCUGGCAAACAUUUAUAAUCAAAUGUAAUUUAAAAUUGCACUGGAUGAUUUAUUUUAUAAAUGUAAUAACGUAUAUUUUAGUUUGUUGGUGUUUCAGUGAAUAUGUAUCGAAUACAAUGCCAGAAUUGAUGAAUCAAUUCCUCGAUUAGUUCAAUUGUAAAAUAUUGAUCAUAACAAUAAUACGUCAAAAUC